GUGCAUCGGCCGACGACGCCGUUGCUCAAGACAUUUUCAUUUGCAACAUUUCGAUUGCUUUUGAUUUUAUUGAAAACAUGAAGUGGAUUUGGCUGCUCUGCACGGCCAGCUGUUUUGCCUUUGCAAUUUCUCCAACUUACGCAGAGAAAAUAAAUAGGAGCGAUUGCUGGAAUUACGGGAAGAAUAAAUCUUUUGUUGCUCCUGUCUUCAGUUUAGACGAUGAAAAUCUCAGUGCCAAAGACUGCGGCAAGUGGGACCGAAAUAAUGAAGACGAGAUCGCUCCGUGGGUUGCUUACAUCUUUGGCAAAUCUUCAUGUGAAGGUUUAAUUUUGUCGGAGCAAACCAUCAUCUCGCACAAUUUUUGCCAUCUUCAACAUAGAGAUUUUACUCAAGGAAAGGAAUUGAAAAUUUUCAGCGGUGAAUGUGUCGGUGAAAAUUGCCACCGGGGACGAGGCUUGCUGAGCCAAAAGGUGCUCGACGUGAAGAAAGUUAAAAUUGAGGCUGGCAACUUUUACCACACAUUCGUCUACGUUUGGAAGGCUGAGAAAUUGAGGUUCACGCCGAGUUUGAAGCCAGUCUGUCUGUGGAAUAAAAACAGCCAGAUCGACGUGAAAGACAACUUUUAUUAUUUAGAUAAUUUGGGCAAAUUGAAUUCAUCGCAGAUAUUGGCAGAAGAUCGUUGUUAUGGCGACAAAUUUGAAAGAUAUCAAUGUGACCUUUACGGAAACUCAAUAUGCACACCUAAGAGCGGAUUGUCCUAUUUUCUACUGAUUAAUCGAGAUGGGCGCUUCUAUUUUCGGGGACUUGCAGACAAUGUUUAUCCAAGUGCGAUGUUGGUGUGGCUCGACUUGCUUCCCUUCACAAGGCAAAUCGUUUCUGCAUCCAACGAUUUGAAAGUGCUUCCCUGAGAUUCGUAAUACAUUCGGAUGUUUUGGAAUUUUGUGCUUUUCAGUAAAAUAUGGCAUAUGAUUCCAGAGCGACUUGUUUUGGAUCGCAUAAUAUAAAAAUUUAAACGUUUCAUUUUGUCAUGUUUCGUUCCAAAUUUGUUCAGCAUUGGAAAACAGAAAGGAAUUUCAGGUAUAAAGUUUAAUUUGCAAAUAUUUCUCGAUUGAAUCACAAAAAUAAGGGUUAAUUU